CGUUGCGCGGGUCCAUUCAUGCCUGCCUCAUCAGUGCCGCGCGCCUCGCCCUCACUACAGCUCACCUUUAAGACCAGAGCAGCGUUAGAAGUGAGACAAAGGAUACACUGGGAUAUACUCCUCAGUGCUGCGCGACUCCACGUGGACUGUAAAACACGGACUUAAGCGAGCACAUCACGGGGAGCAAGUUAUGAAAUAGGUGAGAAGUUCAUUAUUUGGACGCGCUUCACGGCAGUGGAGUCCGCGCGGAUGUGACAGUUGUUGCCUCGCGCUGUUUACUCCUUCCAGAGCGACCUUUGAGGAAGACUCAAUUUAGAAAAGUAAAAUAAAAUCCUCGCUGAUUUAAGUAAUUCUGUUUACCUGUGGUCGAUCACACACAGCAGGCUGUACGUUCAGCAGCGUGUGUGUCCUCUUCCGAUUCCAGCUUUAACAACUAGUUAGUCUGUCGUCUCAGCCGAAACACAACCAGGCGUCCACGGACCCAACACCUGGACACAUCUGUCAGAGCUCUGACACGUGAUUUGGGACAGACAUCGCACAUUUCCACAUUUUCACACAGUCAUUUUUUUUUUAUUGACCGAUUCAGUGACGUCUGAACUCCAGCAAGCAUCACCGGAGCGGAUACGUCGUGCACUGGACAGAGCAAGUAGGAUGGCCGCAGACAACUGUUUAAGGACUUUCUAAAGUUUUCACGCUUUUUUUGGUAGCAGAGGCAUAUUUCCCAACUACACUCAGCCAGUUUUGAGCCACAAUGGAUACAUCUGACGACCCGUGCCACAGCCAGCACAACAUUGACUCCACCAAGAGCCCGGUGAUCAGCGCCAUCAUGUUCGCAGCAGGCAUCGUUGGCAACGUGGCUGCCCUGGUCAUCCUGGAAAUUCGUCGAUGUAGAGACAUAAGGACCAAAAACAGGCAGCGGCGUUCGCUGUUUCACAUCCUCAUCACAUCGCUGGUGGUCACAGACUUGGCAGGCACCUGCUUCGUCAGCCCGCUGGUGCAGCUGUCGUAUUCACGCAACACCACCUUAGUGGGGAUGUCGCCCGAAAAUCAAAGCGUGUGUAAAUACUUUGGUGUCAGCAUGACCUUCUUCAGCUUGGCCACCCUGUCCCUUCUCUUUACUAUGGCACUAGAGAGAUGCUUUGCCAUUGGGUACCCCUACCUGUACAACCAGCAUGUCACCAUGAAAUGUGCCUAUAUCACAAUCCCAUCUGUGUUUGUGUUAUGUACCUUAUUCUGUCUCCUUCCCUUUGCGGGAUUUGGUAAUUAUGUACAAUACUGUCCCGGCACAUGGUGCUUCAUCGACAUGAACCCACUGGGAAAGGAGGAUCGUGCUUAUGCCAACCUGUAUGCCACUGUGAUGUUAGUGCUGGUGCUGGCUAUCGUGGCGUGCAACGGUUUUGUUGUGUACCAGCUCUUCAAGAUGUACCAGCGUCGGAGGAGGAACGGCUCAGUGAUGGGGGCCGCUAGAUCCACCAGCGACCGCAGGGUCACGUCCAUAGCUGAGGAGGUGGAGCAUCUCGUCCUGUUGGUCUUCAUGACCAUCAUCUUCAUCAUCUGCACGCUGCCCCUAGUGAUCCGAGUGUAUGUCAACUCCACGCAGCCUCGCACGGAGUCUCACCGUCUGGACCUGACUGCCCUCCGCUUCAUCUCUGUCAACCCCAUCAUCGACCCGUGGGUCUUUAUCUUCUUGUCUCCCAGUGUGCUGCACUUUUGCAGGGCCUCAGCCUGCCAGGCGCCCUUGGUGAUCUCCAGGGGUUCUGUGUGCAAAUCAUCACUGGCCAAACAGAACUCUCCGGCUGACCUGGAACUGUCUCGCCCAACAUUGGACUACACCGUGAACUUUCACACUGUGGAAUCUCUAUGACCAUAACAGUAUUUUAUUGUUUGAUAUUUAUAAUUACUGGACACAGGAUUGGAUAGUGUGUUUUCCUGAGAAGUUUCGCGGACUACAACAUCUCUCCCAUGUGGGUGGAGUUUCUUAUCUAUUUUAUGGGUGUUUCCUUUCGAUUACGGACCGCUCUGUUUAACUGAUAAAAACACCAGUUCUUUAAGCUGGUGGCCACAUCUUGCCAUAUACAGAGCGUUUCCAUCCACUUACAGCAUUUGAGUUAAGUUUAGGGAAUGUUGAGGCAGACUGAUGUUGCUCGAAGCUUUCUAGCGUAGAAGCUCACAUUUUGCCUCAUUGGCUGCUUAUGUGUGAUGCCACUUAAUCAGUUAAAUGAAAAAGGCUGCUGAUGGGAGCUGGCAAAACAAAGAGACUUGAUUUAGGUUUUGUGAUGAUCUGGAAUAGACUGCAAGCGCUUCUGCCAGCAUUAAACAAAGAUGUUCAGCUGGAGACGUUUGCGCAAGGAGAUGUGACAGUAUAUCAUGUAAAGGUAUUCAUGAAAGAGAAACAGACUUAAGGCCUUGCUGUAUAUGCCUUCUCUGAUUCAAAUGCUGCUUUCUGAACAGUUCUUACUGGGAUGCUGAGCAUACAGGAAUGAUUUUGUUUUCCUUUAUUGUUUUUUUUUAAACCUGGCACUGACAUGUAAUUUUAUAGAGCACAGUCAUUGAAAAACUUGCUUGGGGUCCAUAUUCAGAUCAACUGGGAUCGCGAUGCUUAUGUAAUAGUUUUCACAGGUUAUCAGAAGAAGGGUGCUGACAUACCCAGACAUAGUCUAGACCUGAGGUGUGCUUAUACAAGUGCAAAAAAUACCUCAAAUAUAGCAUGGCUUUCUCUUUUGAACACUUCAGCAGUUAUGGGUCAUCAUCUUGAGAACAUGAUCUUAUGGCCUUUGAGUUUCUGAACUCCUGACCUUAAGCUGUGGUCUACUUUGGUAACCUUUGCCCUCGCUCGCCCGCGAGACUCCUGCUGGAAAGGUGAAAGGGCAACCAUCCCAGAAUACAAGAGGGUUAAAACUCACCACUUGAGGAGGUUGUGAGAGAGAGAGAGAGCUAAACGUAAACAAAAGCUUUGCUGAUUGCAGUGACAAUAUCUCAUUUAUACUUAUAUGUACAGUAUGUAGCAUAUACUAUUAUAUAAUAAUACUAAAAAAAAUAUUCAGAUGAGACUGCAGUUACUUUUUGACUUGAAAAACAGCAGAGUAAAUCACUUAAUCUGGUCUAUGAAAUAUGAAAUGAAAGAUAGCACACAAGUGUAGAAAAUGUGGUACUUCCUAAAGAGCAAACUACCUCCUUUAAAGACAAAACAUUUAUUUUGUCUUAUUAUUUUGAUUAUUUUGUCUAAACACUUGCAGAUAAACUUCCUAGAAUACAUACUGGAACUGAAAUUGAUGGCUUUCUUGUAAACAAAGUGAUGCUACCUUAAACUAGUCAGUUAUAGUGAAAGUUUUUUUUUUUGGAAAUACUGUUAAAAAUAAAUAUCUUAAUCAUUUAAUAAUCUCAUUUACAGAAUGUAGUAUUGGUUACAAAACAUACAAUGUAAAAUGUAGCGUAUUGAGCCUGUUGGUUAUGAACAUAAAUUGUCUUUUACCCUUUAGAAAGUACCAUGUUUUGUUUUCAAUUUGUGCCACAAAUCAGUUCUCUUUUCAAGUCUUUUUCAAGUUUCUCAAGUCAUUUGUGAUGUAACUGUAUUUGACUCUAAACUUUUUAAGAUGUAUUUUUUUAUCUUCUAUUGCCAGGUACCGGUACUUUGUUUUGUCGCGUUGCCUAUAGGUAAUUUGGAAACAAUGAAAAUGGUUGUCUUAAUUUUUCUCCAUCAACUUUACGACUGAAGAGUCAUUUAAACUGCAGUAGUUUUACGAGGGGACAUCUUGAAAUGUUGCUUUUAUUCACUGUCUCUUUCCUGAGGACCACCAUUCAUAAGGGACAAAGGCCCAGAUGGAAAAUAUCAUGAUUGCUGUCUGUGAUUAUACUCAUGCAGAAGUUCAACAGCCAACUAAAACAAACCUAGAAACUACAGCUUUUCUUUCAGGUCCACCUAUAAAAAAACUAAAGUCAAAAAUCUCCCCCUGCCAUAGACUCCAUUAGUCAGUCUGCAAUUAGCCUACACAGUUCAAUGUAAUGUGAUCUGCUGCCCACCAACGUAACACAUCAUGACAUUAAAGUGAUGUCAGUUGAAACCAACUUGCUGAAAACAGAUGAGUUUCCUGAGAAGCAGAGGGUGUACUUCUCCUUUUGUUCGGCAUUCUGGUUAAAGUUACACAUGGCUGGAUUCAUAAUGGUUUAAAUUACACAACACCAGGGGGAAUUGUAACUAUGACGGCAUCUCCUCAUUUAGAACAAAUCCAGUUUAAACAGGGCUUAAGUGUCUGGCAAGAAAAUAAGCUACUACAGUUUUUUGUAGGAUCUCUGGUCACAAAUAUCUCUCUUUCUCUCUUCCCCUCUCUCUCUUGUGAAAACGAAAAAAAAACUCUUGCAUGGAUUAUACAACAGCAGGAGCCAAGUUGAAACUGAAAGUUCAAGUGUGUAAAAUGUGAGAAAAACAAAGAGUUCUCAACUAUCUGUCAUUUUAAAGAAUGCCAGAAAAUGUGUGCAUCAGGUAAACCUUUAGGAUGUAAGCCUUUAUCCGAAAGUGUCAAGUGUGUGUGUGUGUGUGAGAACGCUGACGAUGUUGCUAUUGUGCUGUGAGAACUGCAGUUUAUUGCCUCCAGUUGUCUGUUGUUGGUUCUGCGCUCAGCAACAAAACUUUCAGUGUUUACGACGGUGACUUACUGUUUCCUGUGGAUGUUAUUGGUGCACUUUGCCGCUGUGUUUGUCUGCGUGUCCCAGUACUUUUUUCAUUUUGCAUUAUUGUGAGUAUAAAUGUACAUCUGUAUUUUUUCACAUACAUGCUUGUGUCUCUAUGUACCUAAGGAUUGGUUCAAGCUUGUGUGCAUGCCAGUGUGUGUGUGUGUAUGUGUGUGUUUGUGUGUGUGACAGACAGCACUGAUAUGUAAUGGUGUCAAACCCAAAUGCUACCUGCCUGGAUGUCUUGUAAUCAUAAAGUACUGUACAUGAAACUGAAUGCACUGAGCACACGAGUGUGUAUGUGUGUGUUUUAUGUAAAUAAAGAUCUCAUCCACCACA